AUGAACUCGACUGUUCACGUCGAUUGGUCUCUGUACGGAGGUGCCGAGUCCACCGCACCGCCUUCCUCUAGCACAAACUCGGCUUCCUGCCGUACCGCCUCCGACUUGGGAGUACCACAUUCGUCCACCUCUUCAACGUCAUCGUCGAGCCGUAACUCGCGUUCUUCGUCUCCCACCUCUUCGACCAUCGGCGACUCCUCUACCUCUUUCACCUCGGACGAUGAUCAAGGCGGCGCUGAUCAGCACUACGGCAAGCGUCUGAAGUCUGGAGAGCAGCAUGAGCUGGACGAUCAGCCUCUCUCGGCAGUAUCUUCCGACAGGCACGCAACGAUCCUUUCUACUACUCGCACCCAAACGUCGACCGUCGAUGCGGUCGACGGCAAAGCCUGGCUUCCUGCCAUCGUGCCCGUUGACGCGUCCACCUCGAACGACUUUUUGUGGAUGCACACCGAGGAGCCGCAUCGUUCGCGUCGCAUGGCCAUCCUCAAAGCACAUCCCGAGGUCAAGAGAUUGAUGGGCUACGAGCCGCUCACCAAGUACGUCUCUUUCGGCGUCCUUGCUCUGCAAUUUGCGGUCGCCAUCGGUCUAUCAAAGUACACUACUCUCCAUCCGUUCUCUUGGCAGUUUCUGCUCAUCGCCUAUGCCAUCGGAGGUACAGCCAACCAAAACACCUUCCUGGCCAUCCACGAGAUCACUCACAAUCUCGCCUUCCGGGGUCUGCGUGCCAAUAGACUGUGGGCCAUCCUCGUCAACGCUGCCAUCGGCGUCCCCUAUGCCAUGGCUUUCAAGCCAUACCACCUCGAGCAUCACAAGUAUCUCGGCGAGGAUGGAACCGACACGGAUCUGCCUACCAAAUUCGAGAGCGUGGUCCUACGCAACGUGCUCGGCAAGGCCUUCUUUGCCACCUUCCAGAUCUUCUUUUACGCUCUGCGACCCGGAUUCGUUCGAGCUCAACGUCCAACCUUCUGGCAUUUCCUCAAUAUCGCCUUCAUCCUCUGCUUCGAUGCGCUUCUUGUCCGCGCUUUCGGCUGGAUCCCUCUGAUCUACCUCAUCGAAUCGUCCUUUUUUGCCGGUUCGCUUCAUCCUUGCGCUGCCCACUUUAUCGCAGAACACUACAUGUUUGCGGGCGUGCAGCAAGAAACGUGGUCUUACUAUGGUCCACUCAACGUGCUUGCUUACAACGUUGGCUAUCAUAACGAGCAUCACGAUUUCCCGAGCGUUCCAUGGACAAGGCUGCCCGAGUUGAGGAAGAUGGCUCCGGAGUUUUACGAUUGCCUGCCUCGACACGAGAGCUGGCCGAUGGUGACGGUGAGGUUCAUCUUUGGCGGGGACAGCGGGUUGUGGGCGAGGAUCAAGAGGCCGAACAGGGACGCGAUCAGGGCGCAGAACAAGAGUCGAUGA